UUAAACGAACGCUCCUGCCAGAGGGCGCACGUGUGCCGAUUGUUACCGAUUGUUUCUUGUGCCAAGGAUGCCCACAUCGCAUAAUUAAAAUUCUGUUUUUGAAAGCGAAUUAACAAAUUUUGCGUUAAGAGAUUGGUACGCCUGUCUAAAUAAAGCAACAAUGACCACUCCAACUGAGCUGUAUAACUUGCGCUGGAAUAGUUAUUUCUCGAAUUUAAUCAACGUUUUUGGCGAACAUCAAAGCCAGGAAGCUCUAGUUGAUGUUACUUUGGGCUGCGAGGGCCAGUUUAUCAAGGCACACAAGCUGGUUCUAUCAGCGUGCAGCACUUACUUCCAGAAAAUAUUCGAGAGUCACACGAAUCCCCAGCUUUUAAUUUUACUAAACGAUGUGAAAUUCAGAGAUCUCCAAUUAAUCGUACAGUUUAUGUACAAAGGUGAAGUAAAAGUAGCAGAUUCCGAUAUGCAACAGUUCCUAUCCUUGGGCAAAAUGUUGCAAGUGAAGGGCUUGUGUUCGGUUGAGUUGCACGACAAGCACAAGACGCAACCAAACGAUGCCAAAACUACCGAAAAAGUGACGCUUCCUCCAACUAACACAAGAAACACAGCAGAAAAGAAAGUUACCUGUAAUAAAGUCGUACAAAUCGAUCCGAAACCUAAUACGGAGACACCACCUGCUAAAAAACGAAAACUACCAUCACCUGCACCGCCAGACCCUAAAACCAAGGUUUCGAAAGAUUCAAGCCCUGUUGAGAAUCAAGACUUAUCACGCAUUCCACGGCCUCCUAACGCCUUUAUGAUUUUUGCCACCCAGUGGCGGAAAAAACUAGCAGUGGAACAUCCAAAUGAAAGUAAUAAGGACAUAUCAGUUAGAUUAGGAACCAUGUGGAAGUCGUUAUCUCAGGAAACUAAAGAAGCGUUUUAUGAGGACGCAAGGCGGGCUGAUGAGGAGCAUAAACUGAAAUAUCCUGGGUAUUAUUACAGCCCGAAAGAGGCACGAUCUCGGAAAGCAAUUACUAAUAAUAAUAAAACAGAUCGGAUUGAGAGUUCACCCGAAAAAAAUUAUGAAAAUGAAGAACUUAUUGAGAUCAAAUUUGAGGAGCACGACGAGGACAGUCUGAAUCAGAGCAAUGGCUCACAUUAAGUAUUAAUUUCAUAGAAAAUGUGUUACUUUUGAAGUUCACGGUAGUUUAUUUAUUUUGUAAAUAAAGACCACUUCCGCAA